AUGCAACGCGAGCCGUUCAUGUCGAACUCGUGCACGAUUACUCGACAAGUGCAUUUUUGGCUGCAUUCGAUCGCUUCAUUGCGCGAAGAGGAGUCCCUUCCUGCGUAUUCAGAGUUAAAGGUACUCGGUUUACGAUGGGUGCCAUCGGCGGAUUACUUUUAUUUCAAUUUGACCAGGUUUCAACCGUCCGCAACUCCACCGACGAAGCGUUCUUUGUUUUCCGAGAUUGCGAAGCUCUACGAUCCGCUUGGUUGGUUAUCACCGGUGGUCGUUAGAGCAAAGAUAUUAAUGCAAUCACAAUGGUUAGAAAAGAUACACUGGGACCAGUCGGUAUCGAUGGAAACCCACAGAACAUGGAACAAUUUCUGUGAGGACUGGAUCAAAUUGAAUAAUUUGCGAAUUCCGCGAUGGAUUGGAAUAGGAGCAGAUGUCAUCUCCGUGGAGUUGCACGGCUUCUGUGAUGCAUCGCUCGCUGCGUAUGCCGCCGCCGUGUACAUACGAGUAACCACGGCGAGAAACAAAGUGGUCACAUCUUUGUUAAUAGCAAAAUCGCGAGUAGCUCCCAUCAAGACGCUUACCGUUCCUGUUCUGGAGCUGAACGGUGCCCUCCUCCUCGCCGAGCUGUUAAAGCAUGUGACGAGUUCGCUUGCAGUACAAGCGGAGCGUGUUUUCUGCUGGACGGAUUCCACGAUUACACUCGCGUGGAUUAAAAAACAUCCGUCGACCUGGAAGCUGGUUAUAGCAAACAGGGUGUCAAAAAUCCAGACCACGUUGCCCACCGCGGUUUGGCGGCAUGUUCCCACGCGUUCCAAUCCUGCCGACCUGAACUCUAGAGGAGUCGAGGCAGAGGAGCUUUUGAACUCAAAGCUGUGGACGCAAGGGCCAAGUUGGCUGCAAAAAUGUGAAGCAGAGUGGCCUGUAACCCCUGCUUCCAUAGAUACUGACGAUGGAAAACGUGUGACCUACGCCCACGUCACCACCCAGAAGGGAGAAUGGGAGCUGCUUUCCCGCUUCUCCAAGUGGAGUCGUCUCCUUCAUGUGGUGGCCUAUUGUAUCCGGUUUUAUAGGAUACUGAAGGGCGACAGGAAAAAGGAUAACACGGCGCUCGAUUUCGCUGAGUUGCAGGAUGCAACAGAUCGAAUCGCUCGGCACCUCCAGCGUAUUCAUUUUGAAACGGAAUGCCGAUGCUUAGAAGAACAUCGUGCGAUUCCUGCGCGGUCGCAGUUAAUCAGUUUGAAUCCGUUUUUAGACGAGCAAGGAGUUCUGCGAGUCGGCGGACGACUGAAAAAUGCGGUCAUCGCAUGGGAAACCAAGUUUCCGAUAAUCCUGCCGAAGCACGAUGUGUCUACAUCGAUAAUUCGGCAGUGUCAUUUGAAUACGCUGCAUGGAGGAAUGCAACUGACGAUGGCCACCGUCAGACAGCGAUUUUGGAUUAUUGGCUGUCGUAAUGCAACGCGUACGGUAAUUCAUCAGUGCGUGGAAUGUACUCGAUGGCGUGCUCAGCCAUCGGUACAAAUAAUGCAGAAUCUGAUACCGGAACGGUGUCGUCCGGCGCGUGCAUUUACGAAUUGCGGAGUGGAUUAUGCCGGACCUUUUCAAGUCCGAGACUCCGCCGGCCGAGGCAAAACGGCGCAUAAGGCGUACAUAGCGGUGUUCGUCUGCUAUGCAACGCGAGCCGUUCAUGUCGAACUCGUGCACGAUUACUCGACAAGUGCAUUUUUGGCUGCAUUCGAUCGCUUCAUUGCGCGAAGAGGAGUCCCUUCCUGCGUAUUCAGCGAUAACGGGACAAACUUUGUUGGAGCGAACAAUGAAUUAACACGAGAAUUCAAUCGUUGUUGUAACUCGCCGGAAUGGCGCGAUAAAUGCAGUGGAUUGGGAGUACGAUGGAAAUUCAAUCCGCCCAGUGCACCGCAUUUCGGUGGAAUGCAAGAAGCCGGUGUGAAAUCGGUGAAGCAUCAUCUUAAAAGGAUCAUGGGAGAUUUCACACCGACCGGGGAAGAAAUGCAGACGUUGCUCUGUAAAAUCGAGGCGAGCUUGAAUUCUCGACCGAUUGCCCCGUUAAGCGAUAGCGCGGAUGAUUUCGCGACCCUCACACCUGGUCACUUUCUGGUGGGCGGUCCGCUGAAUGCGCUUCCGAAGGAAUCUGUAGAGACAGAAAAGAUCACGCGGCUUACGCGUUGGAGAGUUCUACAAAAAUUCCACGAACAACUCUGGAGACAUUGGACGAGGGAUUAUUUAAUCUAUCUCCAACAGAGAAAUAAAUGGCAAACCACCCAAGAGCAACUGCAGCCUGGCGAUUUGGUGCUGGUGCAAAAUCCUCUCGUUCCUCCUAAUCAUUGGGAGAUGGGGAGAGUUGAAAAAGUUUUCCCGGGAACCGAUGAAAAUGUAAGAGUAGUCGAGGUCCGUACAGCAAAAAACACAUACAAGCGGCCGAUCACGCGGAUGUGUAAAUUGGCUGUCGGUUAA